AUGUUUCAUUUGAGCCCCCUUUGCCUAGGUGACAAGGAGCUACAAGAUCUACUACAAGUUGAAUACAAGGACACUAAUCUACGGUUCAUCAACAAGCGAAAAGCUCAUCUUCUUGCUGACGAACUAUCACGUGCUGAGCAACUUCUCAACGACAGGAAGUAUCGCGCCUGGUUCAUGUCGCUCAAGUCGGAAAAGCUCCUUAUUCUGUGGAAUCAACGCCAGCCAAGGACCCAUGCAGGCAUCUCCCCCAUAUCGGUAUUCUGCGCGUCACUUGAACCUAUAUUGGACUCCCACAGCCGAUUCAUCUGUAUCACAUGGUUCUGUGGCCUCCAUUCCAUAUAUGGAAACGAUGAAGCCCGGGCUAUGCUUGCAGACUUGAUCGUUCAAUUAUGCCGACAACACCACUUCGAUUUCGACAGAGAGUAUGAUGACACUGACAAGAGCCUUGUAAGAGAACGUGAUCCAGGAGAGUUAUUUCUCCUCCUGUACCGGCUUAUACGCUCAUUACCGAGGGAAAUCACUGUCAUGAUCCUAGUUGAUGAGGCAUACGUCUACGAGCGCAAUGGGUUUCAGGACGGCCUCGACACAAUCAACGAAUUGAUACAACUAAUAACCGAUACGGCGAUUCAAAGUGUCAUCAAGUUGCUCUUUACAAGCACUCGAAAAGUUAAAAUUUUGAACGAGGCGUUUAAACAAGGGGGCCUGACUCUACAUGUCGAGACAGCAGCGCACCAGAGCGGGGGGCCAUCUCAAAGACGCAUGGAGAGACAGAUGAGGCUGGAUUCUGAUCAAGGGGGCCUCGAGAAAUUUUUCAGCAGAGUGAACAAGAAUAUUACGAGAGAGAAGAUUGUUAAAGUAUGUAUGUCUAUGUUGAUUCCGCAAACUGUAUGUAUUUACGUCAUUGCAUUACAAUUCUACUGA